ACUCGCCGUUUCAAAAUGCUGCCGGGCCCUUCGGCUCUGUGAGUGACCCCCCGGGCGCGGUUGGGGAGCGACUCGUGGAGCUGCCGUGAGUUUUAUCAGCAGACUUCGUUUUUUACUGCCAAAAUGACAUCGCUUUCCACCUCUGCCCAGUGUUCAUCUGAUAGUGCUGGCAGGAUCUCUUCAGAACAAAUCACUCAGGUACGACCCAAACUGCCACUUUUGAAGAUUUUGCAAGCAGCAGGUGCGCAAGGUGAAACAUUCACUGUUAAAGAGGUCAUGCAGUAUCUAGGCCAAUAUAUCAUGAUGAAGCAGCUUUAUGACCAGCAGAAGCAGCAUAUGGUGUAUUGUGGGGGAGAUCUUCUAGGAGAACUGCUAGGACGCCAGAGCUUCUCCGUGAAAGAGCCAAGCCCUCUUUAUGAUAUGCUAAGAAAGAAUCUUGACACGUUAACCACUCCUGCUGCAGAUGCCGCCGCUCAGACUCUCGCUCUCGCACAAGAUCACAGUAUGGAUAUUCCAAGCCAAGACCAACUGAAGCCAAGCGAAGAGGCCAGUGUGACCACCAGGAAAAGAACGGAAGAAGGCAGUGCUCCCAUGCUGCCCAACUCACAGCCCAACUGCAGAAAUUCACGACAAGAUGAAGACUUGAUAGAAAAUUUAACCCCAGCUGAGAGCUCUGUGCUGGACCUCGGGUUUGAGGAGUGGGAUGUAGCUGGCCUGCCCUGGUGGUUUUUAGGAAACGUGAGAAACAACUAUACACCUAGAAGUAAUGGCUCAACUGAUUUACAGACAAAUCAGGAUAUAGGUACUGCCCUUGUUUCAGACACUACAGAUGACUUGUGGUUACUGAAUGAUUCAGUAUCAGAGCAGUUAGGUGAUGGAAUAAAAGCUGAAGCUGCUGGUACUGAACACACAAGUGAAGAACUAGGGAAAGGGAAUGAAAAAAAGGUUAUUGGAGUGGAAAAGAGUGACGAUUUUGAGGACUCUAAGUCCUUAAGUGACGAUACCGAUGUAGAAGUUACCUCUGAGGGUGAAUGGCAGUGUACUGAGUGCAAGAAAUUCAACUCUCCAAGCAAGAGGUACUGUUUUCGCUGCUGGGCCUUGAGGAAGGAUUGGUAUUCAGAUUGUCCUAAGUUAACCCACUCUCUUUCCACCUCUGAUAUCACUGCCAUACCUGAAAAGAAGGAAAAUGAAGGAAUUGAUGUCCCUGAUUGCCGGAGAACCAUUUCAGCUCCUGUUGUUAGGCCUAAAGAUGCAUAUAUAAAGGAAGAGAAUGCUAAGCCUCUUGAAUCCUGCAAUUCAGUGGAAUUCUUGGAUUUGGCUCACAGUACCGAAAGUCAAGAGACCAUCUCAAGCCUGGGAGAGCACUCCGAUAAUCUUUAUGAGCAGAGAACAGAUGCAGAGAGCAUGGAGGAUUGCCAGACUCUCUUGAAGCCCUGUAGCUUAUGUGAGAAGAGACCUCGAAAUGGGAACAUUAUUCAUGGGAGGACAGGCCAUCUUGCCACUUGCUUUCACUGUGCCAGAAGAUUAAAGAAGGCCGGGGCCUCUUGCCCGGUGUGCAAGAAAGAGAUACAGCUGGUCAUUAAGGUUUUUCUAGCAUAGCUGCGUCAGUGGGCUGCAGAGAAACCAAACAGGGUCCGGUCAGGAAGGAAAGUUCUAGCAUUAAGCCUCUCCCCUCCAUUUGACCCAUUGCAUCCAUUUAUCUGCUCCUAUCAAGCUCUUCUGGGCCAUUUUUGCUUCUAACCCCCUAGGAAAAUUGAAGGGAAUUCCAUGGAAUGAGAUGAUCGGUUUGGAGACUAUUAACCUGAAAAACCCCUUACGUGACUUCAUCUCCCCCCAAAGGUGACCUAGGAAGGGGUAGCCGCCAGUGAGACGAAACGCAGUCAUUCAGUGACCACAUUCUUUGAAACAAAUCCUUUCUUUAGUUCAUUUUACUCCCUUUCUCUUUCCUGUUUGGAAAUAUUCUCAGACAUCAGAAACCCGUGGCUGCUCUUAGAGAAAUGUUAAAACCAGCAAAAGGAUGGUGACGUUAGGUGGGACUGGAUCCCUGCAUCCUGGAGUCAGGCGCCAUGACUCUGUGAUACCAAGAUGAACAAGUCUUGCGAUAGAAGGAGAUUUCUGAGUAUGCCUACAACAGCUAUUAAAAGUUUUUCGCUAACACAUCCUCAAAAGAAUUUUGAAAAACAUAUACCCCUUUGCACAUCUUAAAAAAUAGAUAUGCUCAGCAUCCAUUGUAAUGUUCCCCUAUGUGAAUUCACUGUACACAUGUGAGUCAAGGCCAACCAAAAUGAGCUUUGGUGGGUUCCUGGCAGCCCAAGACCUCCCCUUUCCCCCUUUCCAGGCAGCCACUUGCUCGUUUCCGGACUCUGGCCCUAGAUUAGUUUUCCUUUUGCACAUUGUUUAUAUCUAACUUACAGAUGAAUAUAUUUACAUACAAAGGCAUUUGUAUAUAGUUUUUGUCUUCGGAGCCUCAAAACUAUAUAUAGACUUGGCUGAUUGAAUUGAUAGAAAAAGUCCUGCCGUAGAUGUAAGCAAAGCUCGUCCUCAUUUUAAAACCAUUCAGCCAGCCCAGACUUCACUCUUGGUGAGAAAACAUCUGACUUCUCAUUUUUAGUUAAUAAAUGGAACAGUGUAGUCUUGGGCACAAUUCUCACUUCGAAAAUAGGUAGAGAAGGUACAGAAUUUUCCACCCAAACUUUGCCUCUAUCGUGACUUCUUUGGGUGUUUUGUGUCGAUUUUUGUUUUUCCUUUUUCUCUUUGGUGUCUCGAGGGUUUUGCUCUGAGGCAAGGCUUCAGAGUGUGCUUUCUAGAUAGGUCUCCUUUAUUUUGUGCACAGGGAAUAUGGCGACUGUGGGAAGGGAAGCUGUCAGAGAGAAAUGACAUCACUGGGGGCAUGUUAAUAUGAAGGCAGUAUAUAUAGAAAUGGAAGAUCUUGACAUCGCUUUCAUUGUAGCUGCCAUGUCUGCUUACCUCGUGGAAAAUUCUUGGUGCACCCUCAGAAGUGUGAAUGUGUUCUUUGGAAGAUUGAGAAGGAGUGCAAAAAAUCACCUGGGUUGAUUGUUAGGAAUAUCUAUCCCCACCCCAUCUUGACUUGACUCUCACAGUUGUCUGGCAGCUCCAGUGUAAGUGUGUUACUAGUCACACGUUUCAGAGCCUUGCUCCCACAGGGAGGGGUUUUUUCCCUUCCCAUUUUGCCACUGGCUACCAAACAAAGUGGUCAGCACCACGAGACAUGUACAGAGCACAUAGGUUUUCCAUUGAACAGUCUGUACGCGUUUUCUUUCUUAACAUUGAUUGGAAUCCUCACAGUGUAACAGCACUCUUCCCAUUUCCUCCCUCUGCUUUCCAGUUUGACUUCUUCCCUCUCCCUUGCUUUAUCUUGAGCUUUAUCUGUGGGCAAAAGCUGCACCUGUGAUCUCAUAUGGCUGAUGGCGCUGUGGAGGGCAGAUCUCCCUGGUGUUAUGGCCACGUUAUAGGCUUGGCCAUUGUUUGGUUGAGAGUUGAGCCAUGAGGGUAAGUUCACUUCCAGGCUUGAAGGGUGCCUAAGGUACACCGUCUAAUAGCCGGGUGUUUUUAAUGAUAAACUUAGAGAUUUUAAAAACUAGAUUGCACUUAUACUCAAGACCUCUUGUUUUGCACAUGAAGCUUGUCUUAAUGACCCUGUGCUGCUAUAACAGAAAUGACACAUGUGGAUGGUUUGACCGAACAAAUUACUUUUCCCCCAGUUUGAGGGCUAGAGCCCAAGUUUGGAGCACUGGCUCUAGGGGAAGGCCUUUCUCGGCCCUGGAGGAAGGGUCUUGCCUCCAACUUCAGGUUCGUUGGAGAUCUCCAUGUGUCUUGGCAUCGCUCUUACCCUAUCCUUGCUCAGCCCUUUUGUUGAAUCUUA